AUGGCCAAGUUUCCUGUGAACCCCUUUCUCCUGCUAAGGCGAUCAUAUAAGGUUGCAAGAUCAGUGCAAAAGGCAGCGACGACAAUGCCGAGGACUGCGACAACCGAAUCGGGCAGUGGUGUUAAUGAUAAUGUAGCAAAUAAUCAUGAUGGUGAACAAAUGAAUCAAGUGUUUUGGAUGAGAGACCCGAAGACAGGGAACUGGAUUCCAGAGAGCCACUUUGAGGAGAUUGAUGUUGCAGAGCUGAGGGAGAAGCUCCUCCCCAACCCUAACAACAAGUACAAACUUUAA